AUGGAGCCCGUUGCCUACGUCGAUUCGCCUUUCGCACGGUACCUCGAGGGUUCGUUCUUCACGUCAUACUCAGCCCUCGACUCCUCGAUCGACGUCGAUCGCCGAUCUCACCGGCCCAUUGAAUCUUACCCGGCAGCCGCUGCUGACUUUGGCCUGUCUCUUAUUUGGUACAGAAGCCGGAAUCGAUGAGCACACGCGAAUUGAGAGCUUACCUGCACUGGCCAUCGGAGAGCCCAAUGUGUUCGAUAUCUGUGCACUCAACCACGCCGAUGUCGACAGCCCGCCGGACCUGCUGAAGUCAAGGGGAUCGCCAUCAACCCCACGCAGAUCCCGCUCGAGGCAAGAUAAUGGCGACGAGUGCAUCAAAUUUGCCCUUUCGACCUCUUCGCUGCUUACACCUAGGCUGGAGGAUGCUUUGAACUCUUAUCCCUCGCCCUCGCACCAAAUAUUGUCGGUGACCGAGUGCUCAGCCCGGGCGGCCACCGUGCAUUGGCAAAUCGGCGAGUCGCCAAGGACCUUGGGCAUCGAGGACGCUGUCAGACGUUUGUGGCAGCGGUUGGAUUUCACAGUACGGAUAAUCCUUUCGAGCAUGCCCCUGCUUGCGUUGCCCGUCUCGGCUUUUCGCGACUUACCAGCGCAAACUUCGGUCGAGACAGCUUACACCAUGGUCGACAUGACGAGGUUGUUUGACCGUCUCAUUGCGGCGUCACAAGAGUUCGACCGGCAUACUGCUCAAGUUCUCCGAUCUCUACGAUCAGCAAAACCUUUUUCACCCGGUAGCCAGCGGUGAGCCACCAAGACUCGUUACAGAAGUCUCAAUAAGAGAAUCUUCUCCUUUCAUGGGCAUCCCUAACCUGGUCGUCACCUCUGUCCCGCUGCAGGCUUAGCCCAUCUUCGCCCGUUUCCUCGAACCGAACAUUGCAGUCGCCACCACUAGACGCAUCUCUCGUCGUUUCAGUGACGCCCCAGGUAUGUCCUGAUAACCACUGGUGGCUGGCUUCAAGCUCGCCUCCCUCGACGAAGAGGAUGAGAGUGCUCAACCCCCUUCAUCCUUGGCUCGCACAGCCUAGCGGCCUCGCCUCGAUGCAUUCAAGAAUGCUGAUGUUGAUGCAAGAGAUGGCCCACGAAUAUCGAAGCGCUUCUUGGGAUCCGCUCUUCUGUGCCCUCGGAGCAGUCGUCAUCUCUGAUGCCACAGGCGGCUCAAAAACGGCCGCGGAACCUAACCUUCGAGACGGCGUUUUCGGUGGCAUCCACCGCGCAAACAGUAUUGCCAGAGGUGCCGGAGGCGGUGCGGGAAAGCAUCGAGCCCGACCUUCUGUCGGAGCUGAAGGCGUCUUCGGAAUUGGCACAGCCGGUCGAGGCGAGUCGCCUGAAGCGGUGAAGAUCGGAGGCAGAAGAUCGCUCUCACCUCGCCGUCGGCCCUUAUCGUGGUCUCUGGAAUACACUGUUCCGACGUCGGGCCUGUCCGGUACGAUACCCUUGCCAUUCGACAACACCUCAGUCGAUGGUUACGAAACGAACUCGGAGGAGACUGUGCCUGACAAAUUGCAAUCCGCUUUCGAGAGUGUCCAUGGUGCCCGGCGAUUGUGGCUUCUAAACCUCACUGCCAUCAUAGGUCUCCCUUCCACUCGACUGAACCGUCUGGCCUCGCAUGUCGGCAGUAUGGCAAUGACGGUCCGGCGGAAGCUGGAUCAGCUGGAAGGUUUGCAGAUCGUGGACAAGAGACGCAUGCUUUCUGCAAGUAGUGCGAACGCUGACUUGCUGCCACCCUGGAACGGUCACAAUUUCGCCCCUCCGCCGCCUCAAUCGCCCGCGGCCGUCUCGCUUACUGAUCUCGAGGGAUGCCACGCUGCUCUAUGCGAAUUGCUACGAGGCAUGGAAGUCCAGAUGGCUGCAACCGUGGAUGAGGCUCGAAAGCGACUUAAUGAGGAGUCUAUAUCAUCGCCAGCCGCGCUGUUUACUCGUCACGACUCGGUGCGACAAACCCUGGAUAUGCUGCGGCGGAAUUACGACGAGUCGAGACUCAUUUUGCGCCGAAUCGAACCGGAUGCGAAAGUCGGCAGACCACCUCUCACGGCGCUCUGUGCUCGAGCGAACUUGCCAGCGGCUGUGGCAGAAGACGUCAGCGCCGAGGUGCAUGCGGCAGUGCUUUCAGCCUCAUCGUCGUUUGUCGAACUCGGGGAAGGAUCCGAGCUAUUCGAGACCAGUCCCUCGCACGCUGUCGAUGCAGCUGACCGGGAAGUAGAGCAAAUAUUUGAGGCCAACGUACCAGCGUCGCCAAUGCCUCUUCGCAGCACGAGGGCGCGAGAGGAAAGAAUUCGUGCGAAGCGUGAUCAGCGUGUCUCUGACCUGCUCAAGUCACCAAUAUCGUCCGAGAUCAGGCUUAUCGGUGAGCUCAAAGGCGUAUUGGAAGCUCGACGGAAGCCCCUAAAGGCGUGUGACGAUGUAUAA